AUGAAAUUUCAAUCAAUUAUUUUAAUCCUAGUUGGAUUAUUAUUAGCUACAUCAUAUGCAAGUGAUAUCUCAUUCAAGACAAAUAUAAAUUGUCUUUCUGGUUGCAGCUUUUCAGAAGCUGGGAAUUGGGUUGGAGGUGUUGUACCAGGAGCAAACGACAAUGCAAUCAUUGAUAUGUCUACCAGUGGAUUCGCAACUACCCUCGUUCUUGUCACUGAUGCACUCAACGUCAAUCAACUCACAGUCAUUCGUAACAAUGGCAAGACUCUCUAUGUAGCUAUCACUGCCCCAGGCAAGCUUGAUAAUUUGGUCAUCGACGGUACCGCCACCGUAGACAUUGGCGACGGUCUCGCUGUCAUUAUCGGCAACUCUUUGUCUGUUGGUGCUGGCUCAAUCUUCUCGAUCGGUGUCAACUCUGCUAUCGUUGUCGCCAACGCCACCUUUGCUGCUUCCCAGUCCACCAUCACUCUCGCUGAUGGUGGUCUCUUGUCCACCGAAGGCAAUGCCAUCUUGAACGGCCAAAUCGCUGCCAACCCCACCUCUAACCUCGAAUUUAGCCAAAACGUCACUGUUUGGGGUUCUAUCACCGCCGGUGCUUUCAACUUUGCAGGAUCUGCAUUGGUUACCUACCCAGGCAGCGUCAAAGCCACAUCUAUGCUUCCAAAUGGCAACCUUACCAUUCAAGGAGGUGCUUCAGUCACUACUAGCGCAAUGCUCUGUGACGCCACGGUCUUUGUCAUCAGCGGCUCCGCCCUCAACAUUGACGGAGACUCUGACUCUAACACUGUCAUUGAUAAUGUCUUUACCGACUCUACAUCCAACGUCUACAUCUCGUCUGGUCAAUACACCUCUAUUAGAAACGUCGAAUCCUACGGAAACAUUACUGUCGACGGUGGCUCUGCCGCACUCACCAACGGUUUCAUUGCCAACUUGCGCCUCUAUCUCAACGCUGGCGUUGCCCAACCAGACAUCACCAUCCAAAACACCCAAGUUGGCGUCGUCGUCUGUGAAGCUGCUUCAUACGUCUACUUGAUCUGCGUCGACUAUUGCGAGAUUACCGAGAUCCAACAAGCCGACAACUUGCAAGUCGUCACCUCACCAGGUGGUGUCCUCAACUUUACCAAGUCUUUCGUUAGUCUCGGAUCAGGCUCGAGAAUCAUUGCCAGCUCCAAGUCUGUUGUCAUCUUUAACAACACCUAUGUCGAGACCAACGCCAUCUAUGUUGACACUGACUCGCAAGUCUAUAUCCAAAACUCCAACAUUAACGGCUCGUUCCUCAUCGACCACUCUACCAUCACUGUCUAUGGCCAAUCGUCAGUCAACUAUAUCGAAUUGACUGCCAGUGUCUUGAAUGUUGCUCAAGGUGUCUUGACCAUCACCACCGACCUCCUCGCCUUCCAAGGUUCCACCAUCAACGUCCUCCUCCAGUCACUCAUCACCGACCCAAGAUACACUCCCAUCAAGGUCAACGUCGACAUUAGCAUUUCACAAUCCAACGUUGUCGUUCAUUCCUCUGCCAAGACUGUUGCCCCAGGCAUCCUCUACUAUGUCAUGGUCACUCCAAAAUACAUCGACGUUCCAUUCACCAACUGUACCUUUUCUCCAGUACCAUCUUCACUCACCGCUCCAAACUUUAGCGAAACUUUAUACAAUGGUUUCAUCUAUUUAAUCUUUGCUUUCCAAAACUAA